UUAGCAAGUGUCAUUACGUUGUAGAUUAAUCACUCCCAACCUAAGGUUAAAUGGAAGCUCCUCAAUUGCACAGUUAAAUGGAUUUUGAAAUAAUGGAAAUUUCUUUUGCACUUGCACAAUGGUGAUUGAUGGUGAUUCUUUUCAUUCAGAAAAAUGUUGAUCACAGCUCUGAGCUCAGAAAAUAGUAAUAAAACCUUUUUCUUCUUCCUUUUCUUAUUAAUUCCUGCUCCCUUCCCUUGUCCUUUGCUCUGGAAUUGCCUGGCUCACUGUUGUUACCUUUCCGGCUCUUCCAAAUCCUAGGGUUUCAGGCAGCUCCUCUUUAAAAUGGUAUAUGUGUAGGGUUGGUGGGAUUGGUUCCAUUCUUAAAAUAAUCACCAGGUUUCAAGGCACUGUCUCUUCUGGCUACUACCCUCUCUCCUCUCAGCCCUAUGUGCCAUACUCACCUUGCUCUUGGGGGGCUGAGGAGAGGGAUGAAUCACAAUGAACCUGAACUUGCCCCUUCUGGCAACAGGAGAGGAGUCAGUCUGGAGGGCACAGGGCAAGGAAGAUGCUCCUUGCCAAAGUGAAGUCCCUGGGUUAGAGGGCCCUCCUCACAGGAUCUUCUCUGGGCCCCACCUAGAGGGCCCAGAGGGCUGGAAAGUGGUGAGCACCAUCGAGGGAGAGGCCAGGUAUGCUCUGGGGUCAUACCAAUUUACGGGUUCAGGGGUCAGAACCAGAAGGGCUUUCCCAUGAUCGUCGCCAGAACUUCCCUGCUGUGCAAGUUACCAGUAAUGAAAAAAGAAGGCACCUGGGGCUGAUUCCAAAGUUCCAACCUGUGUCUUCUCGGUACCCCGACCCAAGGAAAUACAGUUACUUCCCAAGAAGGCAGGAGCAGAAAACACCCCAAGGCCAGUGGGGCUUGUCUCCAGAUGGGGAUGUGUGCCUCUCCCCGAACAUCGAGCUGGGGUCCCUGACCCCAGCAGGGCAGGGCUCCAGGAGAAAUCUGGCUGUCCACUGCUUGCCUGACUUCACACAGCAGGUCCAACAAAAGCAGGAGAACCUGAAGUCCAAGGUCUUAUCAUUCUGGGGACAGGUCAACAAUUUCCAGGGUGGAAACUCAGCCCAUGAUUUCCCAAGGACAAAGACCUGGGCCACUAGUGAGAGAGAGGGUCCCCAGUGGAGCAUAGGCUGGGGAGCAAAGGACUUCCCGAGCCCAGUCCUGGGAGAGUUACUCCCCAACAGGCCUAACGUCUUGCGGGAACCAACAGAGAAGGCCAGCAGAAACCUUCUACAACAGUCGACCACCGCGUUUCCCUCCUUAAGACCUAGCUCCUCAGUCUGCCGCUAUUACCCACCUUGCUGUACUAUUUGUUCUGCUUCUCCAGAAGUCUGGUCAAAGAACAGGCAAACGGUGAAACUUAAACCAGCUCUUAUCAGCAGCUGCUCGGAUGACACAUCGGGACCCCAGAAACGGUUCCACCCAUUUCGGGUGCGCUUUGCAGACGAGAGCCCCAAGGACAUGGCACUGCGAUACUGGGAGAGGAACUAUGAGGUUCAGAGGAGCCUCCUCAAGAGCCCAGUACCCUAUAAGUCUCCAGAAGUUAUUCCAGGGAAACUGGGGAUUUGGAUGGAGAAAAUCCCAAGGAAUGGACUUCAGCAGACGAACUUGUGGCGAGAUGAAUUCAUUCGUCCUGGGAGAAUGGACAGCAUACCCAUGUCAUUCCAAGACCUGCCUACUGAUAACCUAAAGAAGAGUCCCACCUACAGCUCUCUGCACAACAGCCCAUUGGCCAAUCUUGACUUCUCUGGUACCAGGACAUUCCAGGACCAGGGCACAGAUCCCCUUAAGAAGAACCCCACUUACAGCUCUCUGCACAUCGGCACCUCAAAUGGUGUUGAUUUCUCUGGUACCAGGACAUUCCAGGACCAGGGCACAGAUCCCCUUAAGAAGAACCCCAUCUACAACUCUCUGCACACCAGCACCUCAAAUAGUAUUGAUUUUUCUGGCACCAGGUCAUUCCAAGACCUUCCCGCCGAUUCCCCUAAGAAGAGUCCUACCUUCGGCAAUCUAUACAACAGUACACUGGCUAACAUUGACUUCUCUAAUUCUAGGCCGUUCCAGGAUCUCUGUAUCGAUCCUGCUAAACAUACCUCUUUGUACACCACCCCAGUAAUCAACACUGACAGGCCACGAAGCCGGACCCUCAACACUGGAGUCUCCUCGUUGAAUGAGAACUCUCCUUCCUUGUGGGCUCCUAGAAUGGAUACUUUUGUACCUCACUUGAUGUCAUCUAAUCGGAAGGGAGGACAGACAGGACCUUACCAGUUUUUUCCUCCACUCACCCCACUUCGGACUCAAAGCACCAACCAAGGCAGCUCUGAGUCUCCCCGAUAGACAACUAACCAGAAUGGCUCCUGAAGAACAAGACAAUAUGAAGAACAACGUGGCAAAUCCAGGGACACAGGGGUGGAGAGAAGAAAGGGAUAAUUUCAGCAACCCCCUCUGCCCCCUUUCCCCUUACACUCUCUCUCUCCCCCCAAAUAAAAUUAACUAAAAACAGA